AUGUCGCACCCACCGCCUGAACGCUUCCUCCAUGGCAAAGUCGCCAUCGUCACCGGCGCCGGAUCUCUUGGUGAUGGAAUCGGCAACGGACGCGCCGCCGCCCUUUUACUAGCGCAAGAUGGUUGCUCGGUGGUGUGCGUGGACCUAAAGCAAAGUCUAGCACAACGGACCGUCGAAAUGAUUGAAUCAGUUGGUCACGGGGCAGGAAUUUCCAUGGCAGCAGACGUCACCAAGGAGGAGGACUGUCAAAAGGCUGUAGCCCUUGCAGUUGAGAAGUACGGACGUCUGGACAUUCUGGUGAACAACGUCGGCAUUACGGGCCCCAAGGGCACUACGACCGAAGUCGACAUGCAGGCAUUUUAUAAAGCCAUGGAAGUCAACGUCGGGAGUAUGAUCAUGAUGGCCAAGUAUGCGAUACCUGCGAUGAAGAAGAACGAGGGCCAGUGUGCGGGGGCCAUUGUCAACCUCGCCAGUGUUGCGGGUCUGCGCGGUGGCCAUCCAGCCAUAUUCUAUCCAACGUCCAAGGGAUCCGUCAUCAACUUGACCCGUGCCAUGGUAAUCAAUACCUUCUCCAGUCGGGUUGCAGUCAAGUAA